AUGUAUGUGAGUUAUCUUUUGGAUAAAGAAACCAGCAUGUAUCCGGGAUCUGCAAGGUGCAGCAGCAACAACCUGCCAGUGCAAAACUUUGUGUCCACUCCGCCCUAUUCAGAUUACAUGGGAUAUCAUCCUGUGCCAACUCUGGACACCCAUGGGCAGCCGGCAGGAACCUGGGGAUCUCACUAUGGCCCACAGAGGGAGGACUGGAACGCUUACGGCCCAGGACCUUCCAGCACGGUUGCUGCUGCACACAUCAAUGGCUCGCCUCCUGGACAGGUCUCCUACAGUUCUGCUGAUUACAGCUCCCUCCAUCCUGCUGGAUCCGGGGGGUUACCUCCCGUAGAAACAAUUAAUACACAGCAAAUCUCUCCCAACAGCCAAAGGCACAGCUCUUACGAAUGGAUGAGGAAAACGGUGCAAUCCACUUCUACAGGUAAAACAAGAACAAGAGAGAAGUACCGAGUGGUUUACACAGAUCAUCAGAGAUUAGAAUUAGAGAAGGAAUUUCAUUACAACAGAUACAUUACAAUCAGGAGGAAGUCUGAACUUGCUGCAAACCUAAGACUUUCCGAGAGACAGGUGAAAAUCUGGUUCCAGAACCGCAGAGCCAAAGAAAGAAAAUUAAUGAAGAAGAAAAUGACUCAUUUUGAUGGCAGCAAUCUUGGCUCUAUGCAGAGUGACUCUGGCUCAGCGAGCCCGAUGCCGGUUCCUGACCAACAGACUCAUUCAGAAAUGUCCAGUUCCUUAUUCCCCCCUCCACCUCCUCCACCUCCACUCCCCAUGAAUGGUUUGCAGCACAACGGGAACCUGCAGCAGGUAGUGGCCUCUCAGUAAGGCCGCCUGAAGAGCUACUGCAUAACGGACACUAUAAACUACCAGUACAUGGAGCACUACAGUAUGAAAGAGAGAGGACAGCCGUAGCUGUUUUGCAGGAGUCCCCAGCAUGACACAGUUCUGUGUACAUAAGCUUCAAGAACAGUAAACCAAGAGCCACU